ACCCAGCCAUAUCCAUCCCUCGAUCCGUGUCUACAAGGCCAGACCGAGUAUAUACAACCAGUAUAUACCGAGUAUAUACCAGAGAUAUACUCACCAUGGGUCUCUUCAAGCGCAAAGACUCGAAAAACUCCAUCCAGAGCGACCGGGACGAGCAGGACUCCUUCGUCUCCGCCAACAGCGCCCGCACCUCCAAUGCCUCGCUGCGCUCCCCCGGCUACAAGCCCGGCAACAUGCCUGCUCCCAUCCCAGAGUUGCCAGUGACCAGACCUCCAGACCCGGCUCUCGACCCCGCCGCCUAUCUGCGCAGCAUCCACGCCGUCCGUGAACGGUCGCGCAUCAUCCUGCGCCGGGCGAAACGCAACCAGCUCGCCCACUUUGACGUCGACAUGUCCAAGUUUGUCGCCACGGCUUCUUACGUCGUCUCCAUCAUCAAGAGAGAUUACGCCCCCGAUUAUCAUACCAUCCCCCCCCAUGGCCGCUGGCAGCACUUUGACGUCGGCGGUCGCCCCCGUGUGAACCAGCUGCUGCAGUCGUGGCCCAGCACCAUCGAUGCCCUGGAACGGACCCGUCGCCUCAUCGACCUGUUUGUCGUCUCCGUCCUGCUCGAUGCCGGUGCGGGGAACUCGUGGUCCUAUAAGUCCAAGGAAUCCGGCAAAUUCUACUCCCGCAGCGAGGGGCUGGCCGUCGCCUCCAUCGAAAUGUUCAAGACCGGUCUCUUCAGCAGCGACCCCACCGAGCCCUGCCAGGUCGAUGGUGCCGGUCUCAGGAAGAUCACCGUCGACGUCCUCGCCAAGGGGCUGCAGCAUUCCGAGCAGAACCCGCUGGCUGGCAUCGAGGGCCGCGCCGGCCUGCUCGUCCGCCUGUCCGAAGCUCUCAACAACCAGGAGCUGUUUGGCGUCGACGCCCGGCCUGGAAACAUGCUAGACUACCUCCUGUCGCACCCCUCAACCUUGGCCUCCUCGGUCCCCAUCAUCCAUGUCACGACGCUGUGGUCCGUGCUGAUGGAGGGCUUCGCCUCCAUCUGGCCUCCCUCGCGUACCCAGAUCGAUGGUGUCUCCAUCGGUGACGCCUGGGUCUGCUCCGACCUGCCUCGGUCCCCCCCCGCGCAGCCGUGGGAGAGCAUCGUCCCCUUCCACAAGCUAACCCAAUGGCUGUGCUACUCGCUCAUGACCCCGAUGUCGAAGCUGCUGAGCAUCCAUUUCGCCGGCGCCGAGCUGCUCACAGGCCUCCCCGAGUACCGCAACGGCGGUCUGCUCAUCGACUGCGGCCUCCUCACCCUCAAGGACUACGACAUGGAGCGCGGCAUCCAGGCUUACCACGAGAACGCCCAGCUCAAGGGCCAGCGCAGCAUGGAGGUCGUCCCCUUGUUCACCGCCGACGACGACGUCAUCGUCGAAUGGCGCGCCGUCACCGUCGGUCUCCUCGACGAGCUGCUCGACGAGGUCAACUCCCAGAUUGGCCUGUGUGGCCCCGACCAGCUCUCCCUCGCUCAGAUGCUGGAGGCUGGUACAUGGAAGGGCGGCCGUGAGAUUGCCGAAGUCUCGAGACCUAAUACCAAGGAGCCCCCGAUCAUGAUCUGCUCCGACGGCACCGUCUUCUAAGCUAAGGGUGGCUCUUAUGAUCUGAUGACACUUUAUCCUUUCCUUCACCAUCUUCCCUUUUCCUUUCCCCCCCCCCUUCACUUCGUGUAUCUUCUCUUUCAGUCCAUGACCUCUCCCUUCAUUCUCAUGGUAUUCUUAUUCUUCUCUACUCUUUUCUUUCUUCUGUUCUUUUUCUUCCC